AACUACAGUACAGUGUAAUAGAAAUGCUCAGCAACAUUUAGCAGGAGGGCUGCAGCUAGCGACAAUUAAUACCAUGUUAGAAGGCAGGGGGGAGAAUAAAGGAAGAGAAUGGAUAUAAACUCAAAGGUGGAGGAGAUUUAAUUUAAGUGUCCUGAGCUGAAAGGCCUGGAUCUUAUUAAGGAAGACGGCAUCUCCUCGCCUGCCCCUCUCGAGCAGCAGCAGCAGCAGCAGCCGCCGCGAUGGAUGGACUUCGGCUGCCGCCUGUGAUUGAAGAGGUUGGGGACCCUGCAGAGGACGCCUGCGAUGAGAGGCCUGAUAGACCUGGGCAGGAGGACAUGACUGCUAUGGAGAAAGAGGUGAAGAAAAUUAAUAACAAGGAAGAAGAGAAAGAGGUGGCAGGGGUUAAGGAGGAAGAAGAGGGGACAGCAGUCAACGACAGCAAAGCACAAAAGGAAAUGGAGGGAAAAGAGGAGAAAGAAGCGAUGGAUGAGAAAGAAAAAAGGAACCUGAAGGCAGGAGGAGACUAUGGUGAGGAACUUAUAUCCGAAGAGCAGGAGUUGGAAGAGCUAAGGUCCCAGGUUCUUCAGCUGCUGAAUGAGCUAGAGGAGGCAAAAGAACUCUCCCAGAAACAUGAGGAGAGCUUCAAUGAAUUGCAAGGGCUGCUGGAGGAUGAAAGGCUGGCCAGUGCACAGCAGGCUGAGACCUUCACCAGACAGAUACAGAGAUUACAAGCCCAGCUGCGUUCAGUGCAGGAGGAGAUGGACAGUCUGGAGGAAGAGAAGGAGAGCGAGCUGUCAGAAGCACAGGAGGAGCUGCGGGCUGCGCAGGAGGAGGUCAUGGUCCUGCAGCAGGCUGCGGAGGAGGCGGCGGCCGAGCGGGAGAAUGACAUUGCCAGCUUGCAGGAAGAGCUGUGCCGCCUCAGGGCCGAGCUGCAGCGCCUGCAUGCCACCACCCAGGAGUACGAACUGGAGAUCACCAGCCUGCGAGCUGAGAUUCACAUGAAAAGUCAAGGUGUGGGAACCAAGACUGAGGACGUGGAGCCCCUACAAGGUGACCUGAAGUCGCUGAGGGAGGAAUGCCGGAGCCUGAAGGCUGAGUCAGAGUUUCUGAAGGAUGAAAAUAAACAGCUUCUUGAGAAACUGAAACUGUUGCAGCUGCAGAGAGCUGGAUCGAAUGAUGUAUAUCUGGCACUGAAAGAAGAUACAGUGAACAGUGAAAAAGAGAAACAUUUAACUGGCAUAAAAGACAUUGGAGAGGGAACUGAGGAUCCAUAUGAAAUGCGAAAGGCUGGCAGCUACAUGACAAUGACAGAGCCAAGGACAAACUGCAGACUGGUGGAUGUGUCCAUUCAGAAGAAUAUCUCAUUUGACGGAAAACCAAUGACACCAACAAGUAUGAACGGUGGUUUCUCUGAGAUUUAUUCUCUUAGAGACCAGCUAAAACAAGCAGAGGAGAAGGCUUUGCAAGUGCAGAAUGAGUGUGAUGGACUGAAGGGUGAGCUGGAGGAGCUGCAGAGCCGAUACCAAACAAGCCAGAAGGAGAAAGAUGAACUUCAAAGGGAACUUCAGAAGUGCCGGGAGGAGCUAGAGAAACUCACUGGGAAGAAAGUGCAGAAUUCUCCUACCCCUGAGCCACCUGUUCUGUCCAUUCCCCUAAUAGGAAUGAUUGUUAUAGUGGCCCUACUUUGGUGCUGGUGGGCGGAGACCUCAUCCUAGAGGGGACAAGGAGCCUGAAGGAGUCUGGAACCCAAUGAUGAUGGUGGCUGUGGCUGCAGCUGUGGUGUUGAUCUUUCCCACUCUGUCACGAGCACUC